UACGGGUGAGCAUUAAAUUCCACGUCAUAAUCGGCAGUUUUAAACUCCGUUUCCCCCCGCCCACAAUUUUCUUUUUGCAGUCUUUUUUUGAGGUCAUAAAAACAAAUAAACCCAAACACACGCGCCUCCGUACCUCAAAAGCCGAGCUUUAUUAUUCAGACAGCUCUGCCAGAAAAAAACCAGAAAGAGUGUUGAAUUGGGUUUUCUCUCUUCUUUCUUUUCGCCAAAGUACAAAGUAGAACCCCCUUUUUUUCUUAUUCCUCUUUCUGCCCCCAAAAAGUAUUCCCAAUGGCGAAUCUGUACAACACCACCACCACCACCGCCACCGCCACCAACUACUCUCCAUCUCCUCCUCCUCCGCCGGAGCCCGAUGAAAUCUCUCUUUUCCUCCAGCAAAUUCUCCUCCGCUCUUCUUCUUCUUCUUCGUCGCCGUCGUCUUCUUCUCUCAUGCGCCGCCAGUUUUUCGCCGCUGAUAACGAUCAUCUUCUGACGGAGAAUCAAGCACCCGCACCGGCACCGGUUCCGUAUCCGGAUCCGGGUCAGAUCCAUGCACCCGACCCGGCUUCAGGCUGUAGCUUCGCGGCGGCGGCGAAUGUGUCUUCUUCUUCCGUCGGGAACUUCGAUAACGAACCAGACGAGUACGAGUAUGAAAGCGAGGAAAAUGUAGAAGCAUUGGUUGAAGAAACAAUUCCAAAACAAACAUCUUCAUCACGCACUUCUUCCAAACGUAGCAGAGCAGCUGAAGUUCACAACCUCUCUGAAAAGAGGAGGAGGAGCAGGAUUAAUGAGAAAAUGAAGGCUUUGCAAAAUCUUAUCCCUAAUUCAAACAAGACCGAUAAGGCUUCGAUGCUCGACGAAGCUAUCGAGUACCUCAAGCAACUCCAGCUACAAGUGCAGAUGUUAACUAUGAGGAAUGGAUUAAGCCUAUAUCCAAUUUGCUUGCCUGAGAUGCUGCAGCAGCAGCAGCACAGCCAAACUUCUCACAUGAGAAUGGAUAUUUUCGACACGAGCGAUAAAUUCUUAAAUACGAAUGUAUCGAAAGAAAAUUGCGUUAAGCAGGAUUUCUCGGCUACGAUUGGUCCGAAAUCUUCGUUUAAACUGGAAUAUUCCUCCCAGCAGAAUCAUUUUGGACCCUUGGAUCUGAUCUCCACCACAUCUUCUAUAGAGAAGGUGAUGCCUCGUCAUUCGCCGAACCAGGAUUAUAUUGAAAGGAGUUUGAUUGGGCACAAGGCAAUAUCUUCUAUCCCUAUCGAAACACGAAAAUCCCGAUUGAAGGAGAGUACUAUCGAAGCGUGCUUAGCUGGAGGAGACAAUCUUAUAUCGAACUUUGUCAAUAAUCCAAUGUUUUUGUCACAUUUUAAUAUGUGAAACGAAACGAAGCUUCUUCGUAUGAAAAGACAUCAAAGAGAAAGUUCGAUUUUCUCGUAUGUUUUGUUACUACCACCUAGGAAAUUUAUGUUGCUAAAAGCUAACCUUUUUUGUCCAAAUAUGCCUAUAAAAUAUAUGGUUGUUAUUUUGUAGUGUAUUAUGUGUAUUUAGUACAAAUCUGAUGAUAUGAAAAUUUCUAGGCUAUAUGAAAUAUUUUGCUUUGUGGCUUUAUGCAAAA